UAAACCAGAAAAAAGUCGGCGAGACAAUCACCGAGAAAAUUUCGCAAGGUGUGGUAACUCGAGGUGACCUCUUUAUCACCGGGAAAUUGUGGAACACUUAUCACCGACCGGAAAGCGUAGAAGCGGUCCUCAGGGCGGACCUCAAAGAGAUGAACUUGGAGUACUUCGAUCUAUACCUCAUCCACUGGCCUUUCGGAUUUAAGGAGGGGGAGAGUCUCAUUCCAAGUGGACCUGAUGGUAUUGAAUACUCUGAUUAUGAUUAUACUGAAACUUGGAGAGCUAUGGAAGAAAUUUACAGCAAGGGAUUGGCGAAAGCGAUUGGUGUCAGCAAAAUUGAGCGAGUGCUCCAUAUAUGCACGGUUUCUCCAGCAAUGACUCAGGUCGAAUGCCAUCCUUAUCUCAACCAGAAGAAACUUAAAGAAUUUUGUGCCUCCAAAGGGAUUGUUCUUACGGCUUACAGUCCCCUUGGUACUCCCACUCUGGAACAGCGCAGGCAUAUGAAGAACGUCCUCGGAGAUACAACAUUAAACGAAAUCGCCAAGAAGUACAACAAAUCAGCGGCGCAGAUUGCCAUCAGAUAUCAGAUCGAAAGGGGCGUCGUCGUUAUACCAAAGUCGUUUAACAAGAAACGCCAAGCGGAAAACUUUGGUGUUUUUGAUUUUCAUCUACCGUCGGAAGACGUGGCGAAGAUCGACGGUCUAAACGAGAACCUCCGAUUCAUUACUUUCAUACCAUCAGUGAGAAGUCACAAGUUUUAUCCUUUUUCCGACAUGCAAUAAUUCUCCACCAUCAUCGAUUUCGAGAUCCGGUCACUAGAUGUUACUGUUUAAUAAAUAAAUCUGUAAAUUUCUUCGAAUUCCUAGGUAUGCUAUCUCGGAACGUCUUAAAAACUUAGUUUUAAAAUAAACCUUGGAAGUUUUUCCAAACUAAGAGCAUAAUGAACGACGUCUUUGGAAUUUUAAUCCAAAUAUCGCUUUUAUGGAAUCUACUAAUGCGACAUUUGAGCUUAAAAUUAUAAGAUCAAACGUUACCGUAGUCGUUCACAUUUAUGAUGUAGGUCACUAUGCCAUUUAUAAGCAUUAUACUUAAUAGUUGGAAAAUUUUAAUUCAAUGGGAAUCAAAAUUUUCUUUAGGAAAAGGGAAGGCAUCGCAUUAAAGUCGCCACCUAAGACUGUACGUCCUGGUUGUAGGUAGACGGA